UACGUACUGGGUGGCCGGGUUGGGUUUGUAGUUAUCAGCACCCACAUGUACAUGAACUUUAGUCAUCAUCAAUGGACGAGUAUACCGUACAGGUGGUUUUUCAUCCAUUUGAUAAUUGUAUGUGCAUAUUUUAUUGAUGGGUGUACAUGUGUGCCAUCAUCUUUGAGAAUACGGCUGAGAGAUUGGCUGGCUAGUCUACCCCGCGAUAUCAGCGUUUCCUGAUAACGCCUCUGUUGCUGGUACAAUGUACGUACAUUGUACGGGCGGGAUGGUUACACCUGGAUGCUUGGAAACGGGGAUCGCUGGUUGAAAUCACUGAUCAGUGGGAAGAUGCUGGUUGGGGUAUAAUAUAACAGUCAGUGUCAAGGGCUUGUCACAGAGAGGCAGGACAGGAUUUGUUCGGUCGGACCUUGCCAGACUAUUUCUGAUUCUGUAAACUUUUGUGUGCUUCGUAAACGUGCAUUUACAGCAUGCCAGUUAUGAAUGGAGGAUCUGCAUUAUACAAUAUGGGAGGGCUGAGGCGGAGCAGCAGUCAGCUAGAGUUCCAUACCCAGGGCCGGAGGGAUGCCCAGCGGGCGCUAUGGAAAGAGCUGGACAAACUCAAGGAAAUAGCACCCAUGAAAGAGAUUGUAUCUAAGGAAUUUGAAGGCUUCAAGGAACUGUUCAGUCGUUUCUUGGCGGAAACUGGACCGUCGGUUCGCUGGGAGGACAUCCAACCAUUAUCUGAAGAUGCUGUUAUGCCCUAUGAUAAGCUCGAGAAGCACAACCCAGAGUCAGUCAGGGAACUACUGGACAAGCUCGUGGUGGUCAAGUUGAAUGGAGGGCUUGGUACCAGUAUGGGUUGCAAGGGCCCAAAGAGUGUCAUCAGUGUCCGCAAUGAUGUCACUUUCCUGGACCUCGCUGUCCAACAGAUCGAGCAUCUGAACAAGACCUAUGGCAGUAGUGUUCCUUUGGUCCUGAUGAAUUCAUUCAACACACACGAGGACACCAAAGCUGUGCUGAAUUGCUACAGCUCCUGCAAGGUCGACAUCCACACCUUUAUGCAGAGGAGGUAUCCAAGAAUUAACAAGGAAACACUGUUACCAACUGCCAAGACAUGCUCCAUGGAUGGAACCAACCUAGAACACUGGUAUCCGCCAGGCCACGGUGACAUCUACCAGUCAUUCUAUGACUCGGAAUUGCUAGAAUCCUUCAUCAGGCAGGGCAAGGAGUACAUGUUCAUCUCAAAUAUUGACAAUCUUGGUGCCACCGUCGACCUCAAAAUUCUGAAUUUAUUGGUAAAACAGAAGAAUCGAGAUUUUGUGAUGGAGGUAACUGAUAAAACGAGAGCAGACAUCAAGGGCGGGACAUUAAUCCAGUACGAAGACAAGUUGAGGCUACUUGAAAUUGCCCAGGUGCCAAAGGAACAUGUGGAUGAGUUCAAAUCUGUUUCCAAGUUCAAGAUUUUCAACACCAACAAUCUCUGGGUCAAGCUUUCCUCCAUCAAGAGGCUGAUAGAUGAGAAAAUGAUGGACAUGGAAGUCAUUGUCAAUAACAAGUCUCUGGAGAAUGGAACGAAUGUCAUCCAACUUGAGACAGCUGUUGGGGCAGCCAUGAAGUGCUUUGAUGGGGCACUUGGUAUCAAUGUACCCAGAAGUCGUUUCCUACCGGUCAAGAGGUCAUCAGAUCUCCUCUUGGCCAUGUCCAAUCUCUACUCCCUUAAGGCUGGCAGUCUGAUCAUGAGCCCCCUCAGAGAGUUCCGGACCACGCCCAUUGUCAAACUGGGUACCCAUUUCGACAAGGUGCGUGAUUUCCUGAGGCGUUUUAAUGGUAUACCUGACAUGCUGGAGCUAGACCACCUAACGGUUUCAGGAGACGUCACAUUUGGCAAAGGAAUCUCUCUCAAGGGAACAGUUAUCAUCAUUGCUAACCAUGGUGACAGAAUAGACAUCCCUCCAGGCGCCAUCUUGGAAAACAAAAUUGUCUCUGGUAACCUCAGGAUCCUGGAUCAUUAACCAUUUGUGUGUAUUCUAAUAAAAGUUGUAGAGUGAGGGUACCAGACCAACUUUUGACUGAUAACAUGAGUGAAAUAGGUGUGCAAUGGAAGAAUUUUGAGUACAGACAUGUCAAUUUUCUAGAUUAUCGGGGUCUCAAGGAAUACGUAGCUGAUCACCAGUUGAGAGUGAUAUUUUUGGGUUUACAAACCUCCUAGCUCUGUCUCAGGCUUCCUAGCCUCUUCGUCUCCAGACCGAGAUCUGUGAAUCGUAGCUGCAUUCAAAUCCAAAGAAUAUACACCAAGCAGUGGCCUUGUGUGGCAUACUUUGGUGUCCUUGUAGCAGUGAGCAGAUUUGUACUGGAGUCUAUAUGUCGAGUUAGGGGACUAAAAUUAGAAAGACUUUGUAAACCUAUGUUUUUUAUACAGUGGAAGGUCGCUAUACUGAACAUUUGGUUAUACCUAACAUCGUGCUUGGCUCCCGAUUUUUGUGUACUAAACGUACCGAACAUUGUUGUUGAAAAAAUGACAACAAGUGGCUAUUAUUUCCCCAAGGAAUAGAAGGGG